CCUGUUUGGAUAUGUACAUCUGUGUGUGAGGUUUUCGGCGAAAACCAGCGUUUAAAACUUUGGAUAUAUUUGUAAAUGUGCAUAUAAAAUAUGAAAAUAGUGAAAAUACUUGAGUUAAGCAAGUAACAUCUCAGAUAUAUAUAUUUAGUAUUAACCUGCAACAUAUAGUUGCAGCAAAUAAUUGCCGCUUGCCACGCAAUUCUGCUUUGAUAUUGUAAUUGCAUUGGUAUUGGUGAGCUGUGUGAGGCCGCCGUGUACGUGCGGCACUUCGGCGGUGGUAAAAUAUUUCAUUUUAUGUAAACUGGACAUAAGUUUUUGGAAAAUCGUCGGGAAAAUAUAAGUUUUCCAACAAUUAUAUAAUGAGUGCAACGCCACCAGAACUGCUGCAGCUGCAGCUGCCCAUCGGAGGUGGUAAGGAAAAAGAAGCCAACGGUGGAAAUGACAAUGACUACCGAAGUCGCGAUAAGGAGCGUUCGCGUUCCAGAGAUCGUGGCAGGGAUAAGGAAAAGGAUAAAGAGCGCGAGAAAAAACGAAGAGAUCGAGAACGUGGCAGCAAGGAUCGAGAUAGCCGUCGACGUGAUAGCCGUGAACGGGACAGGGACCGUGAUCGUGGUCGUGAUCGUGAUCGUGAUUCCCAAUCGCACCGCAGCCGCUCAAAUAACCAUGAUGACAGUGACAGACGUAAGAAACGCUCGCGGAGCAAGGAUCGUGAUCGCAGACGCGAACGGGAUCGCGAAUCACGCUCAAGACGCAGCGGGUCACGUGGUGGAGGAAACCGCGAUGAAUACGAUCGCAAUCGCAGACGACGCUCCAAUAGUCGCAGCUAUGACCGGCGUCGUAAUGAAAGGAGCAAUGAAUCGCAACGGAAUAGCCGAGAGCGGAGCAGUCGGGAGCGCAGCAGUCGUGAGCGCACAUAUGUGAAUCCAUUUGACACUUCGAACAGUCGCAACUUAUUGCAUGACCAGGAGUCUCGAAUACCGUCUCUGUUCGAGCGCCAUCACCAACAGCCGCAGCUGGAGUCUAUUAGAGAGGAACCCAGUUCGCGCUUCGAUCUUUCACAGACCAUUCAGGAUCUUAUGAGCAAUGUGGGUAACAACAAAAGCUUUGCAUCACUAUUUAGCAACCAGAACAGCAAUGAUUCCAUGAGCAAUGGAAUCUCGGAGAACUCAAUGGACAGCGCAGCGGAACGCAAGCGAAAGCGAAAAUCUCGAUGGGGUGGAACUGAAAAGGACAAGACAUUCAUACCGGGCAUGCCCACAAUUUUGCCCUCAACGUUGGAUCCGGCACAGCAAGAAGCCUACUUAGUUCAAUUUCAAAUCGAGGAGAUCAGCCGCAAGCUGCGCACUGGCGAUUUGGGCAUUACGCAGACCCCGGAAGAAAGGUCGCCUUCCCCGGAGCCCAUUUACAGUUCUGAUGGCAAGCGUUUGAACACGCGCGAGUUUCGCUAUCGCAAGCGCUUAGAAGAGCAGCGCCAUCAGCUUAUAGUCAAGAUGCAGGCUGUUAAUCCAGAGUUUAAGCCGCCAGCUGAUUACAAGCCACCUGUUACGCGUGUCAGCGACAAGGUUCUGAUUCCGCAAGAGCAGCAUCCGGACAUAAACUUUGUGGGCCUGCUGAUUGGACCUCGUGGCAACACACUAAAGGCCAUGGAAAAGGAUACCGGCGCUAAGAUCAUUAUACGCGGUAAAGGCUCCGUCAAAGAGGGCAAAGUGGGUCGCAAGGAUGGCCAACCUUUGCCGGGCGAAGAUGAACCGCUGCACGCGUUUAUUACAGCGCCCAAUCCGGAGGCUGUGCGCAAGGCUGUUGACAAGAUUAAGGACGUUAUCCGGCAAGGCAUCGAGGUGCCCGAGGGCCACAAUGAUCUGCGCCGCAUGCAGCUGCGAGAACUGGCCCAGCUGAACGGCACGUUGCGAGAGAACGAUAUACAGCGCUGCACUUGUGGCUCUACGGAUCACAAGUCUUGGCAGUGCCCCGAUAAGCCGAUCAUAACCAACACCAUUGUAUGCACAUCAUGCGGCGGCACUGGUCACUUGACUAAAGAUUGUCGUAAUAAGCGUCCGGGCUCCGGUGCGCCGGGCAUGGCCUGUGAGGAUACCCAGGCCAAGAUCGAUGAGGAGUACAUGAGCCUAAUGGCGGAGCUGGGCGAGGGACCGCCGCCUUCCGCUGCUAAGGCUGAUACGCCUGCCGCACCACAGCUGCAUCGCGCUAGCUACAGCAUCUUUGAUAAGAAGCCGUCACAGAUGCAGGCCAUACAAUCCCCACCCAACUCGUCACGCGAUCAUCAGCGCGAAAUGGGCGGUGGUUGGGGCGGAUCAACGCAUGAGCAUCAAAUGAACAUGGACCCAAGCAUGGGCAUGGAGCACGCUAUGGGCUUGUCGCCAUAUGUGCCAGCACCACCUGUAGCGCAGGCACCACCAAUGCCGCCACCGCUGAUGCCUUGGAUGAGUGCCCCGCAGCCGCCGCCACCGGCCUCUGAGCCCAUGAAUCCGCCAAUACCGGGCACAUUACCGCCGCUAAUACCGCCGCCGCCUGGUACUAGUGCACCACCAAUGCCACCAUGGGCGAGCGGUUAUCCUGGCUGGGGUACAGGUUAUGUACCGCCACCUCCACCGCCGUGCGCACCGCCACCGCCAUCGCUUAGCUUGUCGCAACCGCCACCGCCGCCGCCGCCAUCUAACUGAUCUUUUAUGCAUACCCCGCACAUUUAUAACUAGUGAACUAUCACCCUUCUAAUAUCUAUAAACUUCACACCUGAAAAAAUUAUGUAACUAUUUA